AUGGUGUCGACAAUGUUUGGCUUCAAGGCCAAAGGCCAUUCCGCUAUUGAGCCAGAGGACAUCGCUAUUAUCGAUCCGUCCGCUCACAUAGACCCGCAGACCGGAGCAGUCAUCGAGAAAAAGACGAAAGCAGAAAGACUAUUCGUGUUGAGACUAGAUGCGAUAUUACUUGUAUAUGUGUGCAUAUCACAAGUUGUCAAAUACCUAGAUCAGCAAAAUAUCUCUGCUGCGUACGUCUCGGGCAUGAAAGAAGAAUUGAGUCUUUACGGAAAUCAGUAUAACUACUUCACUACAUGGUUUAAUGUCGGUUACGCGAUCUUCCUCAUUCCUUCUCAGAUCAUCAUUACCCGAGUGCGACCCUCUAUAUGGUUGCCAUGUCUUGAAGCGUGCUGGGGUGUUUUGACCAUCGCAAUGUACAAAGUCCACAAUUAUAAACAAGUUUAUAUACUCAGAGCGUUCAUCGGUUGUUUCGAAGCGACAUGUUACCCUGGUGCUAUCAUGUUACUGAUGUCGUGGUAUACACCCAGGGAGUUGGCAUUGAGGAUAGGGUUUUAUCACAGUUGUCAAUCUGUUGGAAAUAUGCUGGCUGGAGCUCUGCAAGCCAGUAUUUAUAAGAACCUGAAUAAUGUAAAUGGCAUCAGCGGGUGGAGAUGGAUGAUGAUUAUAGACGGCAUAAUCACAUUGGUCGUGAGCCUUGCAGGAUUUGUCCUCAUACCAGAUUUCCCGACCAAAGUCAAUCCUCGGGCUUUCUGGCUCCGACCAAAGCACGUGGCAAUCGCUAUAGAACGGACAAAGCAAUUCAAGCGGGCAGACAACAAAAAGUUUACCUUGAAAUCAAUAAAGACCGCCUUGACCGGUCCUCUUUUCUAUUUUUUCGUGGUCAUGUACGUUGCGAGCGUCUUAGCUCAAGCCUCCUAUCAAUAUUUCAACUUGUGGCUCAAGUCUCUCAAGAACCCUGACGGAACCGCUGUCUGGUCAGUAGCUCAGGUCAAUGCUAUACCCAUUGGUGGAGGGGCUAUUACAAUCGCAACAAUUUGGACUUGGGGGUUCAUUUCAGACAGAUUCCAGACAAGAUGGAUUCCUGUGGUGGUUCAAGCUUGUAUUGGCAUCAUUCCAGGUAUAAUUAUGUCGAUCUGGAAUGUCAGUAACGGAGCGAAGUACUUCUCGUACUUUGUCUGUUACUUAUCGCUAGCUACAGCGCCUCCCAUUUGGGCUUGGCUUUCCGAUUUAAACCCUUUCGACGCAGAACAGCGAGCCUUUACACUAGGUUUCGCUAUUGCAUUCUAUUAUGCAUGUGGUGCAUGGUCAGGUCCACUUAUAUGGCCAGCUAGCAUCGCUCCACAUUAUAAAUUCGGCUGGCAAGUUCAGAUUGCUCUUUGGGUCCUAGUCAUUAUUUUGGCUUGCUCUUUGAGAUAUGUUGAAUUGAAGCACAUCCGACCUAAAAACCGACGUAUCGCCGAAGAAAAGGACGCUGCCGCCCGAGAAGCUGAAAGGGAAUCUCAGGUUCAAGCGAACAAAGAUGUUGACAAGAAAGAUGUCGAUGUUCACAGGAUCGCCUCUAUUCAGAGUGCUUAA